AUGAGUUCAAAAACGAAAUACGUGUUGGUUAUUGGUGGUGUCAUUUCAGGUCUCGGAAAGGGUAUUAUUGCCAGUAGCGUUGGAAGAUUGUUGAAGGAAGCUGGACAAAAUGUUACGAGUAUUAAGAUUGAUCCAUACAUCAAUAUUGAUGCUGGUACCAUGUCCCCUUAUGAACAUGGUGAGGUCUAUGUGUUGGAUGAUGGUGGUGAAGUUGAUUUAGAUUUGGGAAAUUAUGAAAGAUUUUUGAAUUUGAGACUUCACUCUGACAAUAACCUUACCACUGGAAAGAUUUACAAGUCUGUCAUUGAGAAGGAAAGAAGAGGUGAUUAUUUGGGAAAGACCGUUCAAGUGGUUCCUCAUGUCACCAAUGAAAUUCAAGAAUGGAUUCGCCGUGUCAGUAUUGUCACUACAGAUGUUGCAAUUUUAGAGAAACAUCCAUCUUCUAAUCCAGAUGUCUGUAUCAUUGAGUUGGGUGGUACCAUUGGAGACAUUGAGGGAAUGCCUUUCAUUGAAGCUUUACGUCAAUUCCAACAAAAGGUUGGUCGAGAAAACUUUUGUUGCAUUAUGGUCAGUUUAGCACCAACGAUUACCAGUGACAGUGAACAAAAGACAAAACCAACACAACAAUGUGUAAGAGAGUUGAGAGCUGUUGGAUUCUCUCCAGACUUCAUUGUUGUGAGAUCUGAAAAGGUCUUGCAAAAGUCAGUCAGAGAGAAGAUUUUCAAUUUCUGUGGUGUGGAAUCAUGCAAUCACGUGAUUGGAUGUCACAACAUUAGAAACUUGUUGGCAGUUCCAGAAUUAUUGGCUCAACAAGGACUCGGAAAAUUGCUUCAAAAGAGACUUGGUUUACAACAAAAAGGUGACUUGGAAUUUGACAAGUUACCAGUUUGGACUAACUUUAUUACCAAAUUCGAUGAAGUAGAUGCUCAAAAAACAGCAACUAGAAUUGCCAUCGUUGGUAAAUAUACAGAACAACCUGAUGCCUAUCUUUCCAUUCAAAAAUCAUUCCAACAUGCAAGCUUACAUUUAGGUGAAAAGAUUGAACUUGUUUACAUUGAAUCAAGCACAUUGGAAUGUGACUCUUCCUCAACAAGUGCAAUUGAAGAAGAUGACGAAGCAUCCUCUCAAAGCUCUGAUUCCUAUUCAUCAAAUUGGGAACUUCUUCGUUCAUGUCACGGUAUUUUAGUUCCUGGAGGUUAUGGAAUUCGUGGAACAGAAGGAAAAAUCGCAGCCAUCAAGUAUGCCAGAGAAAAUAACAUUCCAUUCUUGGGAGUAUGUUUGGGAAUGCAAUUGGCUGUCAUUGAAUUUGCAAGAAACGUAUUGGGAUAUCAAAGUGCCACAAGUGAAGAAUUUAAUACUGAAGCUAUUACCGAAGAGAGUCCAAAGAAGGAUAGAAAGAAGAAGACUGAACCUAAGAAUGUCAUUGUCUACAUGCCAGAAAUUUCCAAGACUCACCUGGGAGGUACGAUGAGAUUGGGUGCUCGAACUUCCAUCUUUGUGAAUUCACCAACUGGAGGCGAUGAAGCUGAAGUUGAAAAUUUGGAAGGUUCUCUACUCUCAAAAUCUAAAAUCUUUGAAUUGUAUGGCAAGAAGCCAAGAAUUACUGAAAGACACAGACACAGAUAUGAAGUGAAUCCAACUCUUGUUGCAGAAUUUGCUCAACACGGAUUAUUCUUUGUAGCUCAAGAUACUACACGACAACGACAAGAAAUUUGUGAAAUUCUUACACACAAAUUCUUUGUGGCUGUUCAGUAUCACCCAGAAUUCCAGAGCUCUCUUGAACAUCCAUCCGCUCCCUAUGUUGGAUUAGUGAAAUAUGCUGCCGUUCAACAGAGAGAACAACAGCAACAAUAA